GGGGAAAUGCCAUUCUUCCAGUCACCUUAUCCUCAAGGUUUCCUUCCCCACCCAUCUCCUCUAUUAUCCCUCCUCUCCCCUCUCCGUCUAUAGAGAAAAAGCUUUCAAUUACUUGGUGAAAUGGCUUCAGCCAACGCAAUCUCCACCGCCUCCUUCCUCCGCUCCUCCCAUCGCCAGCAGGAGAGCCUGUGGAGGAGAGCAAGCCCGGGGCAGAGGCCCAGCGGCAAACGGCAGCUCGUCGUGCGGGCGGUGGCCAAAGACAUCGCCUUCGACCAGAACUCCAGAAGCUCUCUCCAAGCCGGCGUGGAGAAGCUCGCUAAUGCUGUCGGAGUCACCCUCGGCCCUAGAGGGAGGAAUGUCGUGUUGGAUGAGUUUGGGAACCCCAGAGUGGUUAAUGAUGGGGUCACCAUCGCUCGGGCUAUUGAGCUCGCAGAUCCUAUGGAGAAUGCUGGUGCAGCGUUGAUUCGUGAGGUUGCUAGCAAGACAAAUGACUCUGCUGGUGAUGGUACUACGACCGCAUCAGUUCUUGCACAAGAAAUCAUUAACUUGGGUCUGCUGAGUGUUACGUCUGGUGGAAAUCCUGUGUCCAUCAAGAAGGGAAUCGACAAGACUGUACAGGGGCUGGUGGAAGAGCUUGAGAAGAGAGCUCGCCCUGUUAAGGGACAUGGAGAUGUAAAAGCUAUUGCUUCUAUCUCAUCUGGUAAUGAUGAGUUUGUGGGAAGCAUGAUUGCUGAUGCUAUUGAUAAGGUCGGCCCCGAUGGUGUUCUUUCUAUCGAGUCUUCAUCAUCCUUUGAGACUACUAUUGAUGUUGAAGAAGGAAUGGAGAUUGACCGAGGUUAUGUCUCCCCACAAUUUGUCACAAAUCCUGAGAAGUUACUAGUUGAAUUUGAGAAUGCCAAAGUUCUAGUAACUGACCAGAAGAUUUCAACAAUUAAAGAAAUAAUCCCUUUGUUGGAGAAAACCACACAACUGAGAGCUCCGCUUCUCAUCAUUGCUGAGGAUGUAACUGGUGAGGCUUUGGCAACUCUUGUUGUGAAUAAGCUGCGGGGUAUACUUAAUGUUGCUGCAAUCAAGGCUCCUAGUUUUGGUGAGAGGCGGAAGGCUCUUCUUCAAGAUAUUGCCAUUGUGACAGGAGCUGAGUUUCAAGCCAAAGAUCUUGGAUUAUUGGUAGAAAAUGCAUCUGUGGAGCAGCUUGGCACUGCAAGGAAGGUUACCAUCUCUCAAAACUCUACCACCAUUAUUGCAGAUGCAGCAACCAAGGAUGAGAUACAGGCGAGAAUUGCCCAGAUAAAGAAGGAGCUUGCAGAGACAGACUCUAUUUACGAUUCUGAGAAGCUAGCGGAGAGGAUUGCAAAACUCUCUGGUGGUGUGGCAGUUGUCAAGGUCGGUGCUGCAACAGAGACAGAGCUUGAAGACCGCAACCUCAGAAUUGAGGAUGCCAAGAAUGCUACUUUCGCAGCUAUAGAGGAAGGAAUUGUUCCUGGAGGUGGUGCUGCCUAUGUUCAUCUCUCUACCUGUGUUCCUGCCAUAAAGGAUAAGCUUGAAGAUGCAGAUGAGCGCCUUGGUGCUGACAUUGUGCAAAAAGCACUGGUGGCACCUGCUGCCUUGAUAGCACAUAAUGCGGGUGUGGAGGGAGAAGUGGUGGUGGAGAAGAUUAAGGACAGUGAGUGGGAGGUUGGUUACAAUGCGAUGAUUGACAAGUAUGAGAAUCUGUUAGAAGCUGGUGUCAUCGACCCUGCAAAAGUUGCUCGAUGUGCAUUGCAGAAUGCUUCAUCAGUUGCUGGAAUGGUCCUAACAACACAGGCUAUUGUUGUGGAGAAGCCCAAACCAAAGGCACCGGUGGCUGCACAACCUGAGGGUCUUACCAUCUAAGCACUCUACCCUAUUUGGUCUCCAAGAAUUAGGUUAGAUGAAUGAUUCAGAAAUCACAGAUACAAGCGCAGAGUGCAAUUUGAGAAGGGACUGUGUUUUAGCAGCAUUGAUUAUUUGUAGUAUUAUCCCUUCAUCGGGAUUAUCUUUUCCUUGACUCUUAUAUUUUGUGUAAGUUUUGCAUGAAAUGCAGGAUUGGCUGCUGCUAUCUUUCAAGUGUUAUAUGUUAUUCAUGAAGUUUUGAGGUUUUGUUGCCGUUACUUCAAGACUUACCCAUAACUUAUUGUGAAAUGUUCCUAUUCA